AUGUUGUCAGGCUCUGCUGACGCAGCAACAGCAGCAGCAGCAGCAGCAGCAGCAGCAGGAGCAGCAGGAGCAGCAACGGGUAUCAUGGGGUCCUCUCGUGCUGCAGCAGAGGGGCAUCUGCUGCUGCUGACGCCGCUGCAGCAGCAAGCGAUGCAGCGGCUGCUGCUGCUGCAGCAAGACACACAAGCCCGUGUCCUUUGUAGAGCUCGGCUUGUUGAGGAUACUGCUGCUUCCGUCCGCAGCGGAGGAGGCCCCAAGCUUGCUGUCUCGUCUACACCGCUGACGGCAGCCUUGGCUGCUUCCUUUGAGGAUGCGCCGACGUUGCUGCUGAUAGCUGUAUGCAACUCGCGGCGUGCAGCAGCAGCAGAGCAGCAGCAGCUGCAGCUGCAGCAGCAACAGCAGCAGCAGCAGCAGCAGCAGCAGCAGCGGUUGGAGCCUAUAGACUCUACUGACGCCUGGGGAGGCCUGCUGCCGGGGCCGCUGCAGCGCCAGCUGCUUGACCCCCCCCUCACCAUGGAGUUGCUGCUGCAGCGCAUGCAACCUAUAGACUCUACUGACGCCUGGGGAGGCCUGCUGCCGGGGCCGCUGCAGCGCCAGCUGCUGGACCCCCCCCUCACCAUGGAGGUGCUGCUGCAGCGCAUGCAAGAGUCUCCGUCUCUGUUGGAGUCUGUGGUUGCCUUUUUGUGUUUGGCGCUCGUCAGCGAUCCGCCUCGCUGCCCCCUGCUGCUCUCCAAGACAAAGAUAGCAGCAGCAGCAGCAGCAGCAACAGCAGCAGCAGCAGCAGCAGCGGUUGCUGCUGCAGCCAUGGAGGGAGCGGAACCUGCUCUUGAUGCGGUGUAUAGGGAGCUCGUUGCUGUUGCUGAGAACCCAAGGUAUGCGUGGCCGAUCCGGGUGCACUCUAUGGGUCUAGCAAGGGCAUGCAUGCCAUCAAGCAGCAGCAGCAGCAGCAGCACCAGCUGCAGCAGCAGCAGGAGGCUGCAGGAGCAGCUGCAGCAGCAGCAGGUGCUGCACUUCCCUUCUCAUGUGCUGCCUGAUGACCCCGGGCUGUCUCUUUGCUGUCUCCAUCUGCAGCGGCUAGCUGGGUACGUGCAGCAGCAGCAGCAGCAGCAGCAGCAGCAGCAGCAGCAGCAGCAGCAGUAG